AUGUCGUACCACGAAGACGGCCUUGACGACGUUAACGUGAAGACAAUGAAUGUAAUUUUAGAGUUCGAGAGAGAGUCCCCUUAUUGGGAAUUACAAGAUGUGGUCGUGAAUUGCCUCAAGGAUAAUGAUGUUAAUAGUAAUGCUUGGAAUUCUAUUGUUGAUGUUGUGGUACAAAGUUGUGAGCUUUUCCUCGAUGAUGUUCGUGAUUGUGGCCGUAAGUCACUUGUUAUGCACGUCAAGGCCGAAGUGUACCAUGUGGAGGAGGAGAAUGGUGAUGAUCACGCGUACAACUAUGAUGAGUUGAUGGAGGAAGACGAGGAGGAGGAGGAGGAAGAGGAGCCUAUGUACUUGGAUGAUAUUGGUGAUGAUGAGGAGAUUAUCGACAAGGAAGAAGACAUAGAAUUUCGUCUAGAAGCAAGUGGAGUACGGUUUUGUAAUGGUUAUUCGGGGGUUAAGGAGAAUUGCUCAAUAUGUUUAGAGGAGUUUGGGAAGUCGGACGAUGUGGCGAUGCUUCCUUGUUCUCAUGUAUUUCACAAGAAUUGCUUUCUUGGUUGGAUACAUAAGAGAAAAGGAACAUGUCCGUUAUGUCGAUCAGAGUUAUUACUGUUAUGGGAUGAAUAAUUUUGUUUUGAAGACCAGCUGAUUCGAGGAUUUUAAAGCAGACAGUCUGCUUAACUUGAUUUUGUUAACUCUAAUUGUUAUAUAUUGUUAAACAUGGUUGUUCUAGACCCUAGGUAUUGGGAAGGCCCUUCCUAGAAGGUAAGUCCCUCCCUAGGGUAUUUAAUUUGUAUUAUACAUUUGUAUUC